AUGAGAUUGUUGUCAUUCAAUUUAUUUAUCAUCUUUAUCAUUAAUCUAGGUUAUGUUAAUUCAUUUUUAAUACCAACAAAAGGAUUAAACCUUUUUCAUCUACAGCAACAGCAACAGCAAUCAAUAUUCUCAACUAAUCUUAAACAAGCUCUAACCACACCACCACCAAAUUCAUUUUAUGAUUGGUUAGUUUUCCAAAAACAAGUUUGUUUGAAAUCAAUACUCAAUAAUAUUGGUGGAGAUUUCACUAUUGAUAACAAAGAUUUAUUGCCAGGGGUGGUUAUAGCAUCACCGUCAACUUCAAAUCCUGAUUAUUACUAUCAAUGGACAAGGGAUUCUGCUAUUAUAAUAAAUAUCUUGAUUGAUCAUUUAUCCCAAACUCCAUUGCAUUUGAUAAACAAAAAUUCAACUUCAAGUUUGGUUCAUAUUAUUGAAUCAUACAUUUUUAAUACCCAAAUUUUACAGCAAUUACCCAAUUUAUCUGGUAAUGUUGACAACUUGGAAAAUUUAGGUGAACCAAAAUUUCAUGUCAAUUUGACUGCAUUUAAUGAAUCUUGGGGUCGUCCUCAACGAGAUGGACCAGGAUUAAGAUCAAUUGCCAUAAUGAAUUAUCUAAGUUUAUUGAACAAUACCCAGCAUCAACCAUCAUUUUCUAAUUUGACAAUGAAUAAUACUCUGAAAAUAUAUCAUGAUAUUAUAAAACCAGAUUUAAAAUAUUCAAUUGAAUUUUGGCAAUUUGAAGGAUUUGAUUUAUGGGAAGAAAUCAAGGGUAUUCAUUUUUUCACUAGUUUGGUCCAGUUAAAAAGUUUAACUAUGGGAUUAAAAUUUGCACAAUUUUAUAAUGAUUCAUUUGAAUUUAGACUUGAUAUAAUGAAUCUGAUUGAAUUAUUGACUAAAUAUAUUGAAUUGGAAUCAGGGUUUAUCAAUAACGAAGAUAGUGAUGGCGAUGAAGACAACGAACAACAGUUGUUAUCAAAAUCAUAUAUAAUUUCAUCCCCGAAAUUGUUCUAUACCAAAUCAAGAAGUGGAUUAGAUAUUGCUUCAAUUCUUGCUGUAUUGUACACCCACAAUAAUAACAAUGCUAAUGAUGAUGAUGAUAACGAUUUCCCAUUUGAUGUAGAUAAUGGAUUGGUAUUAACAACAUUAAGAUACCUUAUUCAAGACAUGACAUUAAGAUAUCCAAUAAAUUUCCAAGAUAAUUUUCAAGGAGUAGCAUUAGGUCGAUACCCUGAAGAUAUUUAUGAUGGAUAUGGUAAAUCAGAAGGAAAUCCUUGGUUUAUAAGUACUGCAACUGCAAGUGAAUUGAUUUAUCGAUUAAUUUAUAAAUUGAAACUGAAUAAUCAGGCGAUUAUAAUUGAUCAAAAAAAUAUCGAGUUUUAUAAAGAAUUUAUUCACAGUGUCAGUGCAACAGAAAUUUCCAAUAAUGAACUAAAAUUUGAAGCCCAUAUUAAUGGACAUCCAAUGAUGAUCAUCAAUAAAGAUGAUAAAUUAUAUGAUGAAUUAAUCAAUAAAUUAUUCCAUUAUGCUGAUGGGUUUUUAAAAGUUGUUCAAAAACAUGUUGAUAAUAAUGGUGAUAUGAAUGAACAAUUUAAUAAAUAUAUUGGAUUCAUGCAAGGCGCAGAAAAAUUGACUUGGAGUUAUGGAGCUGUAUUUACAGCAAUUAAUUGGCGUAAUAAAACUUUAUCAAUUUUAUAA